UCAGUAAACUAAUGGAAGAGCAAGACUUAAACCAAGAAAUCAAUGAGGUAAUAGAUAGCUAUAAUCUACCCAUAAGUAUUGAUUAUAACCACAUCAUCGCACAAAUUGAUAACCUUAUGGAAGCAUUAUUAAGACUGAAUCUAGAUAAUAAAGAGAAAAGCAGCAAUAGCAAAGUCAUUGUUGAAAGGAAAGACAAUAAUGAAUUGAAUCAUGAACCUACGGAUAAAAUGCUUAUAGUUAAUAAAACAGCACUAGAACAAGACAGAGAACUUGUGAAAGAAAUC